UACCAGGCCUUAAACAAGAUCUCACACCCCGCUGAGACAGAGCGGGACUCCAAUGCAAUCGGCGUGGAUAUUAAACGUAGAGGAGAAGCUGUGCUGCAGCGGCUGCACAUGAUGAGUGCUCUCAGAGCGGAACUGAAGGCCCGGCGCGGCAGCUCUGACCCCGCAGAACGCAUCGCUCAAACACAGCACCGGUGUCUCAGCAAUGCUCUGCGGGAGGUGAUGCUCAGCUACAAUGACACAGAGAUGAGCCACAGGGAGGCUUGUAAACAGCAGAUCCAGAGACAGAUGGAGGUGGUGGGCAGGGAGGUCGGCGAGGAGGACCUGGAGGAGAUGAUGGAGAGCGGGGAGUUGAAUGUGUUCAGCACCCAGGUGGAGGGCAAAACGGCUCGCUCGGCUUUCCUGCAGAACGAGAGCCGACAGAAGGAGAUGCUGGAGCUGGAGAAGAGGAUAGAGGGGAUCCAGGAGCUGUUUCUGGAUGUGGCUGUGCUCACAGAGGAGCAGGGGGGAGCUGUUGAAAACAUCCAGAAAAGUGUCCAAAAUACUGAAGUGAUCAUUCAGGAUGCCGUGGUCCAGCUGGAUAGAGCCACUACACUUGAUAAGAGCAACCCCUUCAAGAAGCUGUUUUGUUGCUGCUGUCCAUGUUUUAACACUUAG